AUGUUAUCUACUCUCACCCUUACCUCCCUACUCCUCUUCGCUUCCAUAAGCUCAUCAGCUUUAGCCAACCCUACCACCAUCCCCUUAACGCUUCAUCACUCUAGGCAGUAUUCGGACGAUCUGGCAGUACGUCAAGAAUGGUUGAAAGGCCAGGCAAGCGGGUUGAGAAAGAAGUACGAGCAGCAUUUGGGCGAGAGAUCGAAAGAUCUGUUAAAAAGGGAUCGGGUGAAUGAAGAGUUGAAUAGAAGGUGGCCGUUAGGUAGAAGAGCCAGUGGUAGUGUACAGUUGACGGAUGUAGGGAUAGACGCUUCGUACUCUGGUCAAGUCACUAUUGGAACCCCAUCGCAGGAUUUCUUGUUGAUUAUGGAUACUGGAUCUUCCGAUCUCUGGGUAGCAGGAUCGACCUGUGAAUCAUCUUCAUGUACGGGCGUCUCGUCAUUCAAUGCUGAGGAUUCAACAUCGUAUAAUACGGAUAAUUCAGCUUUCAAUAUAUCUUACGGAUCAGGUGAUGCAGAUGGGUACUUAGCUACUGAUACGGUCUCUCUCGCUGGAUUUACCGUGACUGGACAGACGUUUGCCGUCGUAACAUCUACCACUGCACGACUGAUCUCUGCGCCUUUAUCCGGUUUGAUGGGGUUGGCCUGGAAAUCUAUCGCCUCCUCUGGAGCCACACCGUUCUGGCAGGCACUGGCAGCUUCCGGAUCAUGGUCUGAUCCAGAGAUGGGUUUCUAUCUCGCUCGAUAUAGGGGUGAUAACUCUGCUAGCUCAGUGGAGAGUCAAGGUGGGGAGUUGAUACUUGGUGGAACAAAUUCGAGUAAAUAUACCGGCUCGAUCAACUACAUUUCAAUUGAUGAAGACGAUCUUGAUUAUUGGAGGAUACCCGCUCAAGCUGUCACAGUACAAGGAUCCCAAGUUAGCGUUGGCUCAAACCCCCAAGCAGCUAUCGACACCGGAACAACCCUGAUCGGAGUACCAUCUCAAGUGGCUCAAGCGAUCUAUGAGCAGAUCCCUAAUUCUGAAGCACUAUCAGCUUCAUCGGGAUACGAUGGAUAUUAUCAGUAUCCAUGCGAUACCACCGUCAACGUAACGAUCCAGUUCGGCGGAUUGAGUUACGCGAUUUCAAAUGCCGAUAUGAACCUUGGAUCGUUUACGAGGGAUAGUUCGAUGUGUACAGGUGCUUUCUUCGAGAUGGAUUUAUCCUCUCAAUCGCCAAUUCAAUGGAUUGUCGGAGCCUCUUUCCUCAAGAAUGUAUAUUCCACAUUCAGGUAUAACCCCGCUGCAAUUGGUUUUGCCCAACUGGCAGAUGGCGUUUCAUCUGUUAGCAAUGGUACGAGUCAAUCGACGACUGGUGGAGGAACGAGUGGAUCAGGUGGUCAAUCGUCUUCGAGUGGUGGAAUACCCGUGGCAUCGAUAUCGACUGUUGGUACGGUGAUGAUGAUAUGUGGGAUGAUCGUCAAUCUCAUAUAA